AUGAAGCUACCGGGAGAAUUCGCCGUGCACUACGAGACCCGUAAUCACUGGGCUGUGAUUACCCAACUCCAUGGAUCCGUCUAUAUUUACAUUUGGAAGUACUGUGUCUUCAAUGUCCUAAUGAUGCUGUUGGAUUUCUUUGUCUUUGACGAUCUCAUGGCCAAGCAUGGCAUCAAGAUUACGGACAAGGGACACACAAUCUCCAUCUUCUUUGUGGCUUUCUUCUGUGUCACCCGUGCCAACAUGGCCUUGGCACGUUUCAAUACUGCCCGAAGCAACCUUGGAGGUAUGCUAGCUUCCAUUCGAGCCCUGACUGAUGCUGUUGCCAGUCAUACCAUGGACGACCAAACAGAGGCAGCCAAGGCAUGGCGCAACAAGUUGGCGUAUCAUUCCUGUUUGACCCUCCGCGUUGCCAUGGCCGCCUGCGACUUUGAAGACAAACAGGUCAUGCCAUGGGAUGUUCCCGAAAUGGAUGACGAAACCAAGACCAAGAUCAUGAGGGCAUCCCAAUCCAAGGGCAUCGCUGACCAGUGGGGAUAUGCCAAACGCACACCCAAGGAAGAAGCCUACCGUGUUCCCUUUGUCAUGGCCCAAAUCCUUCGCAUGACCUUGUACGAACACAAGACUGCCUUGGAGGGUGGUGAACUCCCGGUUGGGUUCUUGCUCAAGUUCAAUAGUCUCAUUGAUGGAUUUGUCAACAGCUACAAUGCUCAAAACAAAAUGUUUACCACUCCCAUGCCUUUCCCCAUGGUACAAAUGGCGCGUACAAUGAUGUUCUUGUGGGUCUACACUCUCCCCUUUGCCUUGUCUUCGGAUGGAAGUACCAUUUUGGUCCAUUGCGUGGUCGUCAUGUUGUUGACGUAUGCCUUCAUGGGACUUGAAACUGUCUCCCUUCAACUGGAUGAUCCUUUUGGCAAUGAUGAGAAUGACUUUGAUAACUUGGGCAUGGCCAAGACUGUCUUUGAGGAUGUCAUUCGAUCGAUUGAUAUGGUGGAUGGAACCGAAUGGGCUCUCAAAGUCCGGGCCAGCAUGAAGGGCGAUCCGGCGGAAGACAAAUUUCCUUCCGAAUCUACCUCCCUUUUGGUCUAG